AUGGUGGGCCCUGUGAAAGGAGGCGGAGGAUCUUUGAGUUCCACCUUCACCUGGCAUCCCAUCUUGAUGUCCAUUGGCUUCCCCUGCCUGAUGAUGAUGGGGCGAUGGGCCUACGUCACAGACUCCCUGGGUGACAAGGAGCAGCAGAGAAGCGUACACGGCACAAUCAUGGCCUUGGCAACACUGGCUGCGGUCGCUGGGUAUGUGUGCAUCUUCCUCGCCCACGUCACGAAACGCUCCUUCUUCGGCUAUAACUUUGCGGAGCACACGUGGGCGCAACCCACGCGGGUGGCACAUGACCUUAUGGGAUACGGCAUCCUCAUCUUGACCCUGGCCCAAGCCUCCAUGGGCCUCUUCAAAGCCACGAAAAGCGCGGCGAGCUUCAAGUUCCACGGGAGUAUGGGCAAGGUCAUUAUGGUCUUGGCUGCUGGGAACAUUGUGCUGGCCUGCUUUAUUCAGGGCUGGUCCACGGCCUACAGAGUCCUUGUGGCGGGUCUGGUGGUGGCGGUCACAGCCUGCGCAGCCUUCUGGCCGGCACAGGAGCAAGUGUCCAAGAUGGACGUUGCCAUUGGUCUGAAGGAUGGUCUUCUGGACGUGGCCAGCCCUUUGCGUGUGAAGACGCGGACAGGCUGUGGACCAUGA